AUGCAUUUUAGAAAUCCCUCAGUGUUAAGAUCAGAUUUUGUUUUUAAUAUAAAUGAUGAAGUCAUUGAUUAUGUUUCUAGCUAUCAAUAUUUAGGAUUAGUAUUAAAUGAAUUUUUAGAUUAUAAAGUUAUGGCAAAGGCAGUUGCAAAGUCAGCAAGUCGGGCAUUAGGCCUUCUUAUAGUAAAAUGUAAAGCACAUGGUGGCUUCCAACACAAUAUUUUCACCAAAUUGUUUGACACUUUAGUUUGGUCAAUCAUCAAUUACGGCUCAGCUAUUUGGGGUACAAGUGAGUUCUCCUGCAUCUCAGCAGUUCAGAACCGAGCCAUGAGAUUUUAUAUGGGAGUUGGAAAGUAUACUCCCAAUGAUGCUGUUUCAGGUGACAUGGGUUGGAAGCCUCCAUAUGUUAAACAGUGGUCAAACAUUUUUAGACACUGGGCAAGAUGUUCAAGAAUGGAUAAAGACAGGAUAAAUUAUAAAGUAUUUAUAUGGUCAAUUAGAAAAAGUAGUUAUAAAAUUAAAAAUUGUAGUUAUAAAGUGAUAGAAAUGCUGAAACUUUACAAUAUGGACAGAUUUUGUAAUGUAGAUGAUUAUAUACUGGAUAAAAAUAUAAUUCAUCAGUUAGAAGUUAAUAUUUUUGAUAAUUAUAAAACUGAAUGGAGUACAAGACUUGAUUCUUAUGGUCAAGGAAAUAAGUUAAGAACUUAUAAAUUGUUCAAAUUUUCAUACUCUACUGAACAGUAUUUGUUGCAAAAUAUACCUUUUCGAUAUCGCAGUGCAUAUGCGAAAUUUAGAUGUGGAGUAGCACCUUUAAAAAUUGAAACUGGUCGUUACGAAAGAUUAGAUUUAGAUAAAAGAUUAUGUUUCAAUUGUGAUAGUAUAGAAGAUGAAAAACAUGUAUUGUUAACAUGUCCAUUAUAUGAAGAUUUAAGGCAGUCUUUAUUUAUUGAUAUAAUUCAACAAAAUGAUAUGUUUUUAACUUUGUCAGAUGAUGAAAAAUUUAUAUUUUUGUUCAAAAAUGAAAAUAUCCAUGGAGAAACAGCUUUACAUAUGGCUGCUAGGGAGGGAUAUCUACAGAUCACAAGAUAUCUGGUAGAACAAGGUGCCAGUCCCUUGGUUAAAUCACAUAAGGGUAAGACUCCAUACGACUUAGCAGCAAAAGAGAUGAUCCGAAGUUAUAAAGAAGUGAUGGAAUACUUACAGACUGUCAUGUCAGAGAAAUAUUCCGGUGUGCCUGCUGGACAAGAGAGAGAAGGUGAUAUGGUUCCAACUGAAAUAAAAGUAAUGGCUGACAAAAGAUCUAUUGAUUUGUACCUCAAAUUACUUGAGUCAGGAUCUGAGAAAAAGAGAGACAUACGUUUAGUAGUUGUUGGAAAACAAGGUGCAGGAAAAACAUCAUUGAUUAGAAGACUGUUUGGUGAAGACAUAACAGAUGUAACCGAAACAAAUGGAAUCAAAAUUCAUAAAAUAAAAUGCAAAGCAAUGUCGGAUGAUGGUAUAUGGAAUAAGUUAGAUGAAAACUAUGAAGAAACUGAAGCAAGACUUUUUAAAGGAUAUAUGGGAAAACUUCAGGACAAAAAAACAAUUCAAGAACAAGUAGAAUCCCACAUAGCCAAUAAGGACAACACACCAGUAACAUCUGUUGAUGAAUCAAAGAAAUCAGAGACUGCAUCCAAGCUGAUAAUAAAACCUCCAGAAGCAGCUGAACCUCAAUCAGAACCUCAAGUAACUCCCCAGCAGCCCUCUGAACAAGCGGCAAGGGAUUUCGAAACUAUGCUAACUGCUAAAUCUAAAGUUGAUGUAAAUGACAAAGAGGAAUAUGCCACAUUUAUGCUAUGGGAUUUUGCAGGAGAUGAAGAAUUUUACCACACUCAUCAAACCUUUCUGUCCCAAGAUGCAAUGUAUCUUGUUGUAACAAAACUUAAUGAAGCUGAUGAUCCUAAGGCACAAGCCUUAUUCAGACUAUGGAUUGACUCAAUACAUUGCUACAGUAGACUGGAAGAGAUAAAAAAUAAAUCUGACAAGAAACCGUUAAGUGAUAAUGAUCCACCCAUAGUUAUUGUCGGCACAUGGAAAGAUGCUGUGACCUCGGAAACAGACACGAAUAAGAUUGAGAAAGCAUGCAGAGAAAACCUGUUAAAGUACACUAAUGAACUGGCUGAUGAUGAACGUGGUCAUGUGAGGUGUGCAUACUUCAUUUCCAAUACGGACAAUGAUCGCAGUGCAUUCCAGCAGAUACGACAAAACAUUCUAAAUUUAGCCAAAGAAAUGAGAACCUGGAACAUAGAUUAUCCGUUAAAAUUUAUUCAACUGGAACAACUACUUCAAGAAAAGAAAAAAAAAAUCCCAAUCAUUUCCUAUCGUGAAAUUGAGGCCAUUUCAACUGAUACACCAAUGCCUUUAAGUAAGAAAGAACUCGUAUUUUUUCUGGAAUUGCACCAUGAACUCCGAUCUUUAGUUUAUUUUAAGGAUCUCCCAGAGAAUAUUAUUUUAGAUACACAAUGGCUGUCUGAUGCUUUUAAAUGUAUUGUUACAGCAGAGAAAUUCCAAGCUAGUACAAAGAACCAAAGAAAGUGGAAUGAAUUUUACAAAACAGGCAAAUUGAAUAAUGAGGUGUUAGAAGAUAUAUUUAAAAAAGAGACAACCAUUUUGUACAAUCACAAAGAAUAUAUUCUGAAAGUAAUGGAAAAUUUUGAUAUAAUUAUACGUUCAAACAAAUCAGAGAUAGCCAAUGAAAUUCCUUACUACUAUGUACCUUGUAUGAUUAAAGCAGAACCUAAGAUUGAUAUUCAUGAAAUGUUUAAUGUGACAAAAGAUAUUGGUAAAAGAUCAACUUGGAUGUGUUUCAGAUUUAUAUUUCUACCUCCACAUCUUCAUAAUCAUUUGAUUGCUUCACUUAGCAGGAAAUAUAACAUUGCAGAGAGGGUUGUCACUGGACAGAAGGAAAGACAAAUUGCUCUUUUUAAAAGCACUGCUGUCUUUGAAUUACAAGAUGCAACAAAAUAUAGAAAAUUACUUGUAAUGACAUAUCCAAAUAUUAUUCAGAUUCAGGUUUGGGAAUUUGGAGUAGACAUUAUAAAAGGCUUGUACAAAUACAUUGCCGACUUUGUGACAGAGGAAUUAAACACCAUUAUGCAUACAAGAUUCAAAAUGUCAAAUGUAAAAUUUGAGAAAACCUGGGAAUGUGGACUUACUGAGCCAAAGAAUGUGACAGGACCAAACAAAUUCAUUAAAGAGCCUAUAACAGCAUAUCAAUGUGAUAAAUGUCAAAUUAAACACUUGUUCCUUGAUGAAUGGUCAAAUCAACACAAACAGGCAUCAACGGAACAAAUACAGUUUGACCCUAGUGCAGCAGUUUUAUAA